GUGCUGAAGGGCAUCAAUGAGCGCAAGCCCGCGCUCACUUGCCACGCGACGCUGGGCCUCAAGCUCACGAGGGCGCAGCAGAAGUUGGCAACGUUGGAAAGUGAAGUGGCUGAGCACCGCGCAGCGGUGGCGGCACAAGAAGCAUUGUCAGCCACGCGCGAGAAGGCCGCCGCCGCCAAGGUCGAGACCGACGCGUGCAAGCUGGAGCCUCAGAGCACGAUGCAGCCUGCACUACUAGAAUUCAGCCCCGAGGCCCUGGCUGAGGCACCCAUCGAAGUCCAGCAGCUGGCGCAGUCCGAGGCUUUCACCAAGUACAAGGAGCUGCUGGCGCAGCAGGAGAUUGAUGUUGAUUUGGAGGAGCAGGAUAUCCUACGCCUGCUCGCCACGGCCUGGCGCGAGCGUGCGUCUCAGUUCCUAGAGGGAAUUCAGGCUGACUUUGACGAGGCGGUGGCGGCUGGGGAUAAGGCGUCUCGGAGUCUCGGGAUGAAUGGUCCACGAAAGCACUUCAGGGAUCGGCCCGUUUGA